GGAAAACCAUGCUUGAAAACCAAUCUUGUAAAAUAGAGAACUAUCGAUAUGAUAUAGGGAGUCUUGCAGAAAGAUUGCAGUCAAAGGGCUUUCCCAGCAUGGUCCGUUGAGCUCGACAAUUGCAAGGCAAACCAUUUUUUUGCGAUUCGUGCUGUACUCUCUGCAAAAAGGGAUCAUCCAGGGAUCAGAUUUGAAGAAAGCGAGCGCUCUGCUCUUACAAAGGCAGCAAAAUUUUUACCGGAACCCAUUUCAUGCGGACGGUCAGUCAACAGGGCUAGUUGUGGAGUAAGCACGACAGCCACGGUGCCAGCCGGUAAAUUGAACGGUGUAUUAAAUACCAUUGACAGCAUUUCAAUACCAGCUGAAGAAACAAGAGCAAAGGCAGAUAUUAGGGGUGAAGAAGUCGCUUGCCCAUGCAUUAUUUUGCUUAAUAAAUCUUCUGUUUUGUUGCUCAUGUUCGGUCAAUGUAGCAAUGUAGUCGGUAAAGGUUCGUACUAUCGUAUGCAAGCAGACGAUCAAGAUCGUCUAUUUUAUAUAACCACGGCAACCAAACCGGCUGUAAAUAUAAGAUUCUCAAAACGAGACGUUCCUGUAGUAGCACAACGCAUUUUGCCACCAAAUCAAGACAUCCAGCGCCGAACAUCGAAAUCAGCAGCCACGAGGAAUACAAGUCUCUGGAAAAAUUCGUCAUCGCCUCAGCAGCUCAUACUCUUCAAAAGCAUUUCCAUCUUCAGUUUGCAACAUCACGUUGUCAGCAAGCCAGCAACAUUUUCUUUUACAGUUGUGAAGUCCUUCAUUUCACUGUGCUUUAAUCUGCCUCGAAUUUCUCUUCCACAUUUCUUCUCUCGUCUACCAUCUUGACGCUCAGCUUAAAAUUUAGCAAAAUGGCAAUCCAAAUGGACCUUUCACAAAGACCACAAGUUGGCACAAGCCCGCGUUUAAGUAAUUCAUGGAGUCGAUGUGAUCAAGCCGUCGCUCGUGUCGCUCCUAUCUCCACUACGACGUGUCAAGUUUGCUCCAACUGCAUCGCUAAGGGCGAAUGGCAACUUGGGCUCAUGUUCAUCCACGUCGAAGGAUUCAUGUUGAUGGAAUGGUUUCAUCUGCAGUGCUUCAAAUCGCUACAGGGAAAUGGGCUUACAAAUGUUCUCCAAUCCGUGCAGAAUGAGAUGACUACGUCGCAAAAGCAAGAUUUCCAGCUGGCUUGCCAGAAAAUGGAAUAAUAAGUUGAUGUCUAGUGCCGUUUGUGUCGUUGAGUACGUGCCUGUCGACAGUGGACACCCAGAGCAAGUAAGAGAGAGGAAAUAAUAUGAACAAGUUUAUACAUUUAGAGAUUGUGAGAUGCACUACGCAUCGUCAUAAAGUUUAGGUAACUACCUAUCAUUUACAUCACAAUAAGUGUCAUCAACAAAUGCUCAGUGCACAAGGCAGACUACCUUCC